AUGCUGAUGAUGGUGGAGCAGCUGGACAAGGCGCACUACUCGCCGCGCUGCUACGUCGUCGCCGCAACCGACCGCAUGAGCGGCACCAAGGCGCUCACCAAGGAGCAGGCAUGGGCAAGCAGCAGCAGCAGCAACAGCACCAGCAGCGGCAGCAGCAAGGCGAGUGGCCCCUUGCUGGAGGAAAUCCCCCGCAGCCGCGAGGUGGGGCAGAGCUACCUCACAUCCGUGGCCACCACCCUGUACUCCCUAGCCUUCGCAGCCUGGAUCGUCCUCAAGCAGCGGCCGGCGCUGCUGCUGGUCAAUGGACCUGGCACCUGCAUCCCAGUGUGCGCGGCUGCGUUCCUGUUCAGGGCUCUGUUGUUGCUGGACUGCCGCAUCGUGUAUGUAGAGAGCAUCGCACGGGUGGAGCGGCUGUCGCUGAGCGGCAAGAUCCUGCACGCGUCGCGCAUGGCGGAUCUACUGUUCGUGCAGUGGCCGGAGAUGGCCAAACGCUACAAGGGGGCGACGUACGCCGGGCGUUUGUAUUAA